AUGGCUUCCAAGAAAGACACUACUGUUUUACCAGAAGACACUACUGUUUUACCAGAAGUCAAGUGUUCUGAUGAGCAUUUAGAUGAGCCUAAGGAUACUGAGAUCCAUUUACCACGAUUUUCAUUUAAGCAAGGAAUGAUUCCAAAUUACUAUGUUAUGCCUUGGAAAGAAAACAUGGAAUUCAGGUGUUUAAAUAUGAAGCGUGCACAAGCAUGUGGAAUCUAUGCUGGUAUUUUAGAAGAGCCUCUGUUUCUAAACCGCAGUGAAAGGCUUUGCCAUGGGGAAGAUCGUAAGUCUGUCUUCAAGAAAGGCCCACCAGAAGUGAUGGUUGCAGACAUUCCUAUGCACUCCCCUCUCUCCAGAUACCAAAGCACUUUGAUUUCCCACAGUUACAGGAGACGACUGGUCUGA